AUGAGCGGCAAGCUGCGGACGUUGACAGCUGGCGAGCAUACCAGUGGCGGGCUGAGCGAGCGUGUGGCAGCGGUCAGCACUCUGGCCAUGUUCCUGGGCUACCUCACCUUCACUCGGGCAGGCUACGCAGGCUCGGGCAGCGCCGGGGCGGGCAGCAGCGAGGCGGACAGCGCGGCUCCGGCGGCAGCCGGGCUGGUGGAUGUGGCGGCGACAGUAGAGGCGGCUGCGGCGGCCUCCGAGGGCGGUCCUCUGGCCUGGGCGCUGCCCUGGGUGGUGCGCUACCUCUGGUUCCUUCCGUGGGAUGCCGAGGCGGUGCGGGCGCCAUACUUCCGAUGCCUGCUGGCCCGCCUGGCGGCGCUGCAUGGCUCUGCCGAGCUGCAGCCGCAGCAGGCGCACUUCAGCCUGGCAGCCUUCUGCCUGCGCUCAGUGCUGGAUGAUUUUGCGGAGCGCGUGGGCCCGGACAUCAUGCCUACCGCCCCUGGCAGCAGCGGCAGCAGCAGCAGCAGCGCCGGUGGCGCAACUUGCCCCGCGCUUUCCAGCCUGGCCGCCGUGGAUGGCCUGCUGGACUCGCGGUUCCUCCACCUCUGCUGUCCCACGCUGGAGCAUUCGCGGCAGCUGUUUGCUGCCAGCGGCGGCGGCGGCGGCGGCUUGCAGCAGCAGCAGCAGGCUCGCAGAGUCAAGAAGAUCCGCCCCACCGCGCCCAGCGGCGCCGCAGCUGCCCGUACCGCGUUGCAGGGCGGCGUGGCAGCCGCCUUGCAGCAGGAUGCGUCGAGGGACCUGCUCAGGCUGCAGCUGCAGCGCGCCUUCCUGGAGCAGUACAGCACCGAUGAGCACAAGGUCAAGCUGCGGGACGUGGUGGAUUAUGUGUCCGACAUCCUGGCCUAUAACGCCGCCAGCUCAGCAGCUUCAGCCCAGCUGCUGCCGGCCGGCGACGCCAUCGCGGCGCAGCUCAAAGAGGCGGCAGCGGCGGUGGCCGCCGAAAGCCAGCAGCAGCACCAGCAGGCGAGGGAAACGGGCGGCGAGGAGGCGGCGGCGCCGUCGAUGCUGCACCCUUCUGUGCGCCUGUACCUGGAGGCUCUGGCUGAGCAGCUCAUCGCCGCGCACACCACCAAUGUGCUGCAAGCGGCGCAGGCGGACGCCGAGGAGCGCAUUCGCGCCACGGCGGUGCAGGCCAUGGCGGCUCUAACCGCCCCGGAGCUGGGGGCAGCGGUGAUCGGCACCGCGGCAUCAGUGGUGGCGGAGGCGGCGGCGUCUGCUGUGCAGCAGCGGCUGAGGUCCCAGGUUCCCUCCGCAGUGCGCCGCACGGCCACGGAGCAGCUGCAAUAUCUGCUGGCCGCGGCAGCCCGUGAGAGCAAGACGCCGCGGCAGUCGGCGCCUCCAGCCCCUUAG